UCCACCUGCCUCAGGCUCAGACCAGUUCACCGCGCUCCUCCGCUCUCACCAUCACUUAUGCAACUACUGGCCUCGGCUUCUGCCAGCUUGGCUUCCCUCACAGCGCCUGGGGAUAUAAAUCCCGUCAGCGCUGCGCGUCUCCUUCCUUGUGCGCCCCGCGGACCGCGCUCACUUGACUUCCACCACCGGCGAUCUAUGUGAAUAUCCAAACAUGAAGAUUGCAGUAAUUGGCCAGAGCCUUUUUGGGCAGGAGGUGUACAAAGAGCUACGAAAGGAUGGACACGUCAUUGUGGGCGUGUUCACGAUACCUGACAAGGAUGGGAAGGCUGAUCCUCUAGCUACGGAGGCUGAGAAGGAUGGCGUACCUGUAUUCAAGUUCCCCCGCUGGCGUUUAAAGGGAAACAGCAUCCCAGAAGUGGUGAAGCAGUACAAGGCAGUAGGGGCUGAGCUCAAUGUACUGCCCUUCUGCUCUCAGUUCAUUCCCAUGGAGAUCAUUAACUUCCCCCGGCAUGGCUCUAUCAUCUACCACCCUUCCCUGUUGCCUCGGCACCGGGGAGCCUCUGCCAUCAACUGGACUCUGAUCCAUGGUGACAAGAAGGGUGGGUUUACUGUGUUCUGGGCCGAUGACGGCCUAGAUACUGGGCCCAUCCUCCUCCAGAGGGAGUGUGACGUGGAGCCGGACGACACUGUCAACAGCAUUUACAACAGGUUCCUCUUCCCUGAGGGUGUGAAAGGCACUGUUGAGGCAGUGAGGCUGAUCGAGGUAGGCAAGGCACCAAGGAUCACUCAGCCACAGGAGGGUGCUACGUAUGAGGGCAUUCAGAAGAAGGAGAAUGCCAAGAUCGACUGGAACCAGUCUGCAGAAGCUCUGCACAACUGGAUCAGGGGAAACGACAAAGUGCCUGGAGCCUGGGCUGAGGUGGAUGGGCAGAAACUGACAUUCUAUGGCUCCACGCUGGUGGAUAACGACACGCCUGCCAGCGGGCAGUCUUUGGAGAUCCCAGGCGCAUGCCGCCCUGGUCUGGUCACCAAGCAAGGUCUAUUGCUGUUUGGCAAUGACGGCAAGAUGCUGCUGGUAAAGAACCUGCAGUUUGAAGAUGGGAAGAUGAUCCCGGCCGCGCAGUACUUCCGCACCGGAGACAGCACAGCAGUUGAGCUCACCGAAGAGGAGAAGGUUUUUGCUGCAGAAAUGCGGGUUGUGUGGAAAAGCAUCCUUUCAAAUGUGCCCGAGAUUGAGGACUCCACUGACUUCUUCAAGUGUGGGGCAGCCUCUAUGGACGUGGUCAGGCUGGUGGAGGAGGUGAAGCUGAGAGCCAACCAACUCCAGCUUCAGAAUGAGGAUGUCUACAUGGCCACCACCUUCCAGGAAUUUGUACAGAUGUGCGUCAGGAAACUCCGUGGCGAGGAUGGUGAAGACGAGCUGGUGGUUGAUUACGUGGAGAAGAAUGUGAACAACAUGAGCAUUCGCAUGCCCCACCAGCUCUUCAUCAAUGGCCAAUUUACAGAUGCAGAAGGGGGCAAUACCUACCAGACCAUCAACCCCACUGAUGGCAAGCCAAUCUGCGAGGUGUCCCUCGCCCAGGUUGCUGAUGUGGAUUGUGCUGUGGCAGCAGCCAAGGCGGCCUUUGAGGAGGGGGAAUGGGGCAAAAUGAACCCCAGAGAACGAGGCAGACUCAUGUACAGGUUAGCUGACCUCAUGGAAGAGCACCAGGAGGAACUGGCCACUAUUGAGGCCAUUGACUCGGGGGCUGUGUACACACUAGCGCUGAAAACGCAUGUGGGCAUGUCCAUUCAGACCUUCCGCUAUUUUGCUGGCUGGUGUGACAAGAUCCAGGGCAGCACCAUCCCCAUCAACCAGUCUCGGCCCAACCGAAACCUGACAUUCACCCGGAGAGAGCCAGUAGGGGUUUGUGCUAUUGUGAUCCCAUGGAACUACCCCCUCAUGAUGUUGGCUUGGAAGACAGCUGCUUGUCUUGCUGCGGGGAACACCGUGGUUGUCAAACCUGCCCAAGUGACACCUCUGACAGCGCUGAAGUUCGCAGAGCUGACAGCAAAGGCAGGUUUCCCCAGGGGUGUGGUGAACAUCCUCCCUGGGUCAGGGUCCUCGGUAGGCCAGCGUCUGUCCGACCACCCUGACGUGCGCAAGCUGGGCUUCACUGGCUCCACGCAGAUCGGCAAGCAGAUCAUGAAGAGCUGUGCUGUCAGCAAUGUGAAGAAGGUCUCCUUGGAGCUUGGGGGCAAAUCCCCACUCAUCAUUUUCAGCGACUGUGACAUGGACAAGGCUGUGCGGAUGGGCAUGAGCUCUGUCUUCUUCAACAAGGGUGAGAACUGCAUUGCUGCUGGAAGGCUCUUUGUGGAGGAGUCCAUCCAUGACCAGUUUGUCCACCGGGUGGUGGAGGAAGUGAAAAAGAUGAAAAUCGGGGACCCGCUGGACCGGUCCACGGACCAUGGGCCACAGAACCACAAAGCCCACCUGGACAAGCUGGUGCAGUACUGUGAGACAGGGGUGAAAGAGGGCGCCAGGCUGCUGUACGGAGGCAAACAGGUGGACCGGCCAGGUUUCUUCUUCGAACCGGCUGUGUUCACAGAUGUGCAAGACAACAUGUACGUUGCCCAGGAAGAGUCCUUCGGCCCUGUCAUGAUCAUCUCCAAGUUCAAGGACAGUGAUGUGGAUGGCGUGCUCAAGAGAGCAAACGAUACAGAGUAUGGCCUGGCGUCCGGUGUGUUUACGCGUGACAUCAGCAAGGCUCUGUACGUGAGCGAGAGACUCGAGGCGGGCACCGUUUUCAUCAACACUUACAACAAGACGGAUGUAGCUGCUCCCUUCGGGGGCUUCAAGCAGUCGGGCUUCGGCAAGGACCUGGGGGAGGAGGCUCUUAAUGAGUACCUGAAGACUAAAACUGUGACCAUUGAGUACUGAGUCCACCUCACACAGACACAUCGUGUCCUCCCAUCUCCAGGAGAUAGUAUGGGAUGUUAAACUGUGAAAAAUGGAAGCUCAGUUUUUUUUAUAGUUGUACUUGUGGCUUUUUCUGCAUGCAAAAUGUUUGUAGAUUUAAUUAUCCUUUGACUAUCAAAAUGAAACUGCUUCUAUCACACAUGUACACUGGUGCUGCAGGUAACAACUUAUGAGAUAUCAGUUUUGUUUUUUCCUUUGCACUCAAAGAACAAAACCACUUAAUCCACGUACACUCUUUUUUUUCUUUCUGAGUGACAUCUUAAUUUCUUAAUGUAGCGUAAAAUUGCGAAAGACUUCGACAGCUUAACUAUCAGAUGACUGUAUGACACUGGAAAAGGUUCAGAUAAAGGACAUUCAUCCACCUAAGUGUUUGUUUCUUGGAGAAAUUUUAUUCACAAACACAUUUUUAACUCAAGCAGAUCACUUUAAUUACAAAUGACAAGUAUCACAGGAAUGCUGGAAAGAUCAAAUUUCAGAUGCUUAUGUUCGCCCAAUAUAGGGAAGACUAUUUGAAUGUGUUACUUUUCUUUAGUGUGAAGUCUGAAGUCUAAAUUGCUCUGACACAAAUGUUUUUUUUCCUCACAUUUCACAAUAAUUUCAAUUGCAUAGUAUAUUUAUAUAUAGCCUUACUUUAAUCUUUUGCGGUUCUACGUCUUAAUUUUUUAUUUGUGUAUCGUUAAAGAGCAAAAAAUAUACUACAGAAUACUUAAAGAAUAGCACUGACAGUGGUAGCAUUAAAAAGACUUUAUUGACUUUCUUCCACAACAUAAGUGUUCUAUUUCCCUGUAACAGCUGCAUGUCCCCUAUGUCAGAAUUACUCCUGUCACUCACUCUAUGUAGUCACUGCUUCUUCUCACCUCCCAGUUCCUCUGGAUUCAAAAGCUUCAGCAAGUGCAUUUCAGUCCUGUGCCAUCUUCCUUCUGUAUCUCACAUUAUGAGGUCCUUUCACACAAACCUAGAGUGAACAAAAUUGACUGUAAUGCUGUAAAAUAUGGGAUGUUUCCUAGAGGGUGUUCCUGCUGUAAACCGUGAUAGAUAUUGAACGUUCUUGUGGUGGCUGCUUUCAAGGAUGAGACUCUUACCCCUUAAUUCAGAGAUUAGGUCAGGCUGAGCAAAUUGUAAGGGGAUGCAGUGGUGCAGCGGGUUUGGCCAGGGCCUGCUCUGUGGUGGGUCUGGGGUUCGAGU